GGCCGCAGGUACGGUGUCCCCGCGCCGUGUGGAGGACAACAGGCUCCUCCCAGCCUGGCAACGACUGGGGUACCCUUUCGGAGACCUUGACACAGACCGUCAGAGGCUGCAUUACUUUGUGCCUCGUUGCCAUGGCGACGCGGGGAUGUUCUUGUCAUGCUUGUUUAGCCCACGUUUUUUAAAUCACUUAGUGUGAGCAUGAGCUCGAGCAUGAUACUAUGAGGUAUGCUGCUCGUUAACAGUUUUGUGCUGUAUUUGCAGUUCACCUCCCUGAUUGAAGUUGCGAUUAGUGAAUCCUCCUCUGCGUCGCCCACGUAGUGGUGGUGGACUGGUCUCAGGGAGAGAGGGAGCCAAGGGAGCGGUAGCUAACUGCUGCUCGUGCUGAGGGUGGGGGGGGGAGUGAUGGACAACAUCAUCGAGCAGAUUCUCAACCUGGAGGCUGAGAUGGAUGUCCAGAGCUGCUCUGAAGGCGAGCAGGCGUGCGUCAGACCGGCGCAGCGGUCCUUCUCUCAGCCAGACUGCCUGGCACUCCCUUCUUCUCUGCCUCCCUGCCUCAGCUGGGGCGCUCUCAGGCCUUCCAACUCCUACCCGCCAGACUUGUCGCUAGAUAAAGAGAAGGGCGCCGCCAGCGACCAGGCAUCUCUGGGUCGGGCGAAGGAACAACGAAGGAAGGAGAGCCAUAACAUGUUUGAGCGUCGGCGGCGCUUCAACAUUAACGAAAGAAUCCGUGACCUGGGUAAGCUGCUGCCGCGGCGUAGCGAGCCUUACUGCGAGGCGGCACGGUAUAGCGCAGGUCACAUCCUCAAAGCCUCCGUGGAGUACAUGCAGUGGCUCAAGCUGGAGGUGAGUCACUUGUCGGAGGCGGAGGCCAGGCGGCGAGUUCUGGAGCUUGAGAACCAUCACCUCCGCUCACGUCUGCAACAGCUGGAAGCCAAAAUCCACGGGUUGGGCGCUGAGUCCAAGCCGACCCAGCGGGCGACGCUACAGUAGUCAUUGCUGAGGCCCUGUAGUGCUCUUUACGGGACGGCCUCAGAUGUACCUCUUUUGUUCAUUAUCGAUUAUGAAACAAACUAUUUUUUUGUAAAAUAAACUUUAUUUAGUCUGAGUUUGUGCAAUUAUAUGUGAUUAAUUUAGGUACAAUUAAUCAAUCGGUACUUAAUUGUUUUUGCCGUUGGUAUAUCGUGGCACCGGUUUACUCAAGUUGUCCGGCGAGGCCAGUGACGGCUAGCAGUGGUCCUUAGAUGCACCUGGCGGAGCCACCGCCUCGCACGUCCUUGGAGUUGUUCUGAAACAGUCUAUAGCGUACAGCACAUCACGAAAACAUGAGAAGUUUAGCUUCCAUAAUAUAAGAUGUAAUCUUUGUUCACCUUUCCAACACUCUCUCUCUCUCUCUCUCUCUCUCUCUCUCUCUCUCUCUCUCUCUCUCUCUCUCUCUCUCUCUCUCUCUCUCUCUCUCUCUCUCUCUCUCUCUCUCUC